AUGCUAUUUAUUAAAUCUAUUCUUAAGAGAGCAAUCAUGGAAACCAAUGAUUAUAGCUAUGGAAUCGUUCCGCUUAGGCUUAGCGGUGCUGACUAUGAAAUUUUGCUGUCUAAAUCCAAAAGAUAUGACUAUUUUCAAAUCGCAAAAGGCCAUAAGGAGCAUAGAGAAACAAAUAUACAAGCUGCAAUCAGAGAACUUCAAGAAGAAACAGGACAUUCACCUACAAUGUUUUUAGGAGUUGAUGGAUGGACUAAUGACCAAACCUUAGCUUCUCCAAUCGACCCUAUCAUAUAUGUGUUUACCAGUAAAAAAGGACGACCAAUCCGUAAGCAUGUAAUUUAUUACAUUGCUUUAGUUGAAAAAACAGGUGAAAUAGCUGACACUGAAGAAGUUGAAUUUGUCCAAUGGUUCCCACUCAAUCGUGAAACUGGAAAUAUGCUGCUUCAUAGAGAAAAUAUUGAGCAUUAUAACAACUUCAUAUUGCAUAAGCUAAACCCUCAUUUAUAA